AUGAUUGACGACAAAUUGCGGGCUUAUUCCAGGAUGGAUGUGUACCACAUGGUCGACCCGCUCGAGAAGUGGCCAAAGGAGAACAACUCCCACAAGCUGACUCUCACUUUGAAAGUCGACGAAGAAAGGGCAAAAAAGGAGAAAAAAGCGGAAAAGGAAAAACUCGAUUUGAUGGUUAAGAAUUGCUGCAGAGAAGUGAUCUACGACAUUGGUUGCUGCACAUUGCACAUUCGUAGACUUACUUUGAAUGAUUGCGAGAGACUCGGCCUUUUGGUCAAAACUACUGCGAGCGAACUGGCAGAUUCGAUUCCCGAUUCGGGGCAUCGAUUUGCCAUGUCCGUCGCCGCCUCCAUCGUCAAUCCUUUCUUUGCCAAGAGAGAGGUCACUGACGGUCUCUCUUACGUCGCCCUCCUCAAGAAUGUGAUCGACCAGCCCGACAAACAACAAAUUUCAGACAAGUUGAAAGAAAUUGCGGACAAAGUCUUUAAUCGCGGGGAUUGCAGUUUGAGGGUGCUCGCAGAAUUGAUGUCGUGGAAAUAUCUCCACGGAGAGAUUAGAGAGAAGGGGGGAGCCUACGGGGCGGGGGCACUCAUGAAUGGUCCUGUCUUCUGCUUCCAUUCAUAUCGGUGGGGGAUAUUCAAUAUUUCAGAGAUCCCAACAACCUGGAGACAUUUGAUGUCUUCGAGAAAUCAGUCGAUUGGGUUUUGGCGAAGGACUCGUUCUCAGAGCAGGACCUUAUGGAGGCUAAAUUGGCCGUAUUCCAAAAGGUAUGGACGGUGGGUUUACUCUAGCUUGAUGCUCCCGUGUCACCAGGCAAGAGGGGAAACCGUCUGUUCAGUCAGGGUAUCGACGACGACAUGUUUCAACAAACUCGCGAAAAUGUAUUUGCCACCACUAAGGAAGAGUUGA